GAACCGUAGCCGCGGGAAAAGCCAUAUGGCGCGCGUGGAGAAGGGGGCUUGUUCCGAACCUAGAGCUCGUCUUCCAACUUCCGCUUCAACGACGGCCGAUGACGCCUUCGUUAGUCGUAUUGCACAAUCAUCACAGCAGAGAAAAAUGCCAUGCCUCGCUUGCUCUUGCCCGUCAUCCCCUCGCAGCCCGUCGCUCUGCUAAAAACGUACUUGCUAGCCACUUUUGGCUUGUUGAGUUCCCUCCCCCGUCGCCAUCAUGUCCUCCAGCUUGAAGAGCAAAGAUGGAGCUGAUCCCGUCGACGCACCUUCGGCUGGCUAUGCUGAGUCAAAACAAGGUAGCAUCGAGUAUGGGGACGCCAUCUACCAGACCAGCGAUUCUAGACGCCAAAUUGGCCUGGUUAGCGCGAUCUUCCUCAUCUUCAACCGUAUGAUUGGCACUGGUAUCUUCACCACGCCGAGCAGCAUAUUAUUGCUCAGCGGAAGUGUGGGGUUGGCGCUGUUCAUCUGGGUCGCCGGCAUGCUCAUUGCUGCCGCCGGCAUGGCCGUAUACCUCGAGUUCGGAACAGGGCUGCCCCGGAACGGCGGUGAGAAGAACUACCUUGAGUACGUCUAUACCAAGCCCAAGUUCCUUGUCACUGGCCUCUACACUGGCUAUGUCAUUCUGCUUGGUUGGGCCGGCUCAAAUUCCGUCGCGUUCGGCGAGUACAUCUUGCACGCCGCGAACGUUGAGGUCAAUCGGUGGAACCAGCGUGGAAUUGGCCUCGCCUGCAUCACCGUCGCCUUCCUCAUUCACGGCUUGGCCUUGAAGUGGGGCCUGCGUCUGCAGAACAUUCUGGGCGUGAUCAAGCUCAUCAUCCUGCUCAUCAUCAUCAUCGCCGGUUUCGCUGCCCUUGGUGGCCACCUCAAGAUCGACAAGCCCAACAACUUCGACAACGCCUUCUCUGGCACGACCGGAUCCGCGUACGGCGUCGUCACCGCGCUGUACAAUGUCAUCUGGAGCUACAUCGGUUACAGCAACGCGAACUACGCCAUGUCCGAGAUGAAGGACCCGGUACGCACGAUCAAGCUCGCCGCGCCCAUAGCCAUCAUCUGCGUGGGCAUCAUGUACAUGCUCGCGAACAUCGCGUACUUCGCCGCCGUCCCGCACGAGGAGAUCGCGAGCAGCGGCCGUAUCCUCGCCGCGUCCUUCUUCCGCAACGUCUUUGGCCCCAAGGCGGAGCGCGCGCUCAGCGUCUUCGUCGCGCUGUCCGCGUUCGGCAACGUCAUGUCCGUCAUCUUUUCGCAGGGCCGUCUGGUGCAGGAGCUCGGCCGCGAGGGCAUCCUCCCCUGGUCGAGCUUCUUCGCUAGCAACAAGCCGUUCGACGCUCCGUUCACGGGCCUCUUCGAGCACUGGAUCGUCUCCGUUAUCAUCAUGCUGGCGCCGCCACCAGGUGACGCCUACAACUUCAUCCUCAACGUCAUCUCCUACCCGCUCGCCAUCGUCAACGUGUUCGUCGCCGGCGGUCUGGUGCACCUCUACCUCCACCGCGACGAGUACAAUUGGAAUCCGCCGACGCGCGCGACCCUCCCCGUCACCAUCUUCUUCCUCCUCUCCAACAUCUACCUCGUCGUCGCGCCGUACGUGCCUCCCGAAACGCCCGACCAGAACAUCUACGAGAGCUUGCCAUAUUGGCUGCACUGCGUCGUCGGCACCGGUAUUAUCCUUGCCGGCGGUGUGUACUGGUUAAUAUGGGCGAAGCUCCUCCCGUGGUGGGGCGGCUACACGCUCAAGAAGGAGACCUUCAUCAGCAGCGACGGCUGGUCGAGGAGUGUUUUCCUGAAGGAGAAGAAAAACUAAGGAGUGCUCUCUUGUCUGUAGCAUUCCGGGCUUAGGGUUGAGAUGUCUUUGAUCUAUGUAGGUGUACGCUAUAGCGUCUGUUAGCUAUUUACUCGACUCAUCCACUCAUGCUGGGGAUCUGUACAUAUAAAUGCGUAAUGAAUAAUUCGGCCCAGGAAAGGAGCCACCAUCGACUUU